UCCGCCGGUCCUGCUGUGGCUGGACGGAGAUACGGAACUGAGCGCGUUAUCCUCAGAUAAGCACAGCACACGGUUUAUAUUUUUCUGAUAGUUUUAUGAGGACGACACCGCGAUGACAGAGGUUGGAUCAUGGAGGGUGUAAGUGAGUGUGUGUUCAGUUUGCUGGAGGUUUUUGAGCAGAGAUGGGCUCGGUGACCUCGGCUUUCACUAGGUCGCGCAACACGCUGGUCAAAGUGGGCUCGGAGCCACAGAAAGAGCCGGACGGUAAACCGAGGACUGGAACCGCUGUCAGGGCAAAACACACGAGCAGACAGUCGCUGGCGCAGAAAACAACCGGCAGCUCCAGAGCAAACACACCGCAAACUGCCACAGUGGCUAAUGAGGAUGGAGAGACCAACAGCAGACCGCUGGCCAGAUUUGCUCGCUCAAAGUCUCAAAGCGCUCUGUGGAACACACUCACGGCUGGGACGAGCAAGAAGGAGAAGGGGAAAGCACAGCGGGACGUCCCGGAUGAUCCACAGCGCAUAGAGGAGAUCCUGGCGGAUGAGCUUCCCUCCACAGACACACCAGAAGCUACAGAGAAAACUGCUGUCAGAUUGCGAUGUUUGGUAAAGCAGUUGGAGAGAGGAGAGGCAUCCCUUGUAGACCUGAAGAAAAACCUGGAAUAUGCUGCCACUGUUCUGGAAUCAGUCUAUAUUGAGGAAACAAGGCGAUUGGUCGAUACAGAGGAUGAACUCAGCGAUAUCCAAUCAGAUUCUGUGCCAUCCGAGGUCCGCGAUUGGCUGGCCUCCACCUUCACACGGCAGAUGGGGCUGAUGCUGCGACGGACGGAGGAGAAGCCGCGGUUUCGCAGCAUUGUUCAUGCAGUGCAGGCUGGGAUAUUUGUGGAGAGAAUGUACCGGCGAACCUCCAACAUGGUGGGCCUGAGUUAUCCUCCGAAUGUCAUAGCAGUGCUUAAGAAUGUGGAUAGGUGGUCUUUUGAUGUGUUUGCUCUGAAUGAGUCGAGCGGUGACCACGCGCUCAAAUUCAUCUUUUAUGAGCUCCUGACCCGAUACGACCUCAUCAGCCGCUUCAAGAUCCCUGUGUCUGCGCUGGUCUCUUUCGUGGAGGCUCUAGAAGUGGGUUAUAGUAAAUAUAAAAACCCCUACCAUAACCUGAUCCACGCGGCUGAUGUCACACAGACCGUCCACUACCUGCUGCUCAAGACUGGGAUGGUGCAUUGGAUGACAGAGUUGGAGAUUUUUGCAAUGAUCUUCGCUGCUGCCAUUCAUGACUAUGAACACACCGGCACCACAAACAACUUCCACAUCCAGACCAGGUCAGACGCAGCGAUCCUGUACAACGACCGCUCGGUGCUGGAGUCCCAUCAUGUGAGCGCCUCGUAUCGACUGCUACAGGACGACGACGAGAUGAACAUUCUCUACAACCUGUCCAAAGACGACUGGAGGGAGUUCAGGGCUCUGGUGGUGGAGAUGGUUCUGGCCACAGACAUGUCCUGCCACUUCCAGCAGGUCAAAGCCAUGAAGAAUUACCUCCAGCAGCCCGAGGGAAUCGACAAACCCAAGGCUAUUUCUCUGCUGUUACACGCGGCCGACAUCAGCCAUCCCGCCAAAACCUGGGAUCUGCACCACCGCUGGACGACAUCUCUGCUGGAAGAGUUUUUCCUCCAGGGCGAUAAAGAGGCAGAGCUGGGUUUACCUUUCUCACCUCUGUGUGACCGUAAAUCCACUAUGGUUGCCCAGUCCCAGAUUGGCUUCAUUGACUUUAUCGUUGUUCCAACUUUCACGGUUCUGACGGAUAUGACCGAGAAGAUCGUAACGCCACUCAUUGAAGAGGCCACAAGUUCAGGACUGUCUGGAUUUCGCAGUAUUACUGGCGGAGAUGUGAAGCGCAGCAGUGUGAACAGCUCUGCUUCUGACAGCAGCUCAUCUCACAACGGCUCACUUCUCACUGUGGACCUGAAGAACUUCAAGGCCCUCUGGAAUGAGGAGGUUUCUCUGAAUCGAGAGCGCUGGAAGAUGCAGGCAGCUAAAGAGACGGAGGAGAAGGCCAAACGAGAGCUGGAGGAGCAGCAGGAGGUAGAAAACCAGGUGCAAAAAAAAGAGCUGGAGCUCUCAGAACCAAAGAAAGAUGACCCGGAGCCUGGAGUGGUAAAUGGACCCCCAGAAGAAAGUCCCCAUGGCAAAUCAAAGAAAUUACAGAACGGAGAAGUGUCUGAAGAGGCAGAAUCACCAGCAGAUGAAGAUAAGAGAACACUCAGCGAAACUGCAAAACCCUGAAGUGAGUGAUAUCCAGCGGCGUCUCCCUGUCCAACAUCAGAUUCCGCUGUAAACAAUGAACUCUUCAGAAGAUUCACGGCGCCAUCUAGCGGACAAGACUAUUGCUUACAUCACUUUGCAUUCAGCCUCUUCCACUCCAAAGCAUUUUCUAGAUGAAUGAUGAAGGACACUGCGAACAGACGAGGUACAGCUGCUGCUUUUCUUCCCAGAAGCAGAUCUCUCUUUCUUCCCAAACCUUGGCUGCAUUGACUUAGAAACGCAUGCAAAUGGUGGAUCCGUAUGAAAAGCUCCUUCAUUUAUAAGAAAACAUACAAACGCUUUUAAUGUCUUUCCGCAUUUAAGCUGCCUCGCAGUUGGACUUAAAGUGUGAAACUUUAAUUUAUAUCUAAAGAUAUAUAAAUAGAUGUGUAUAUUUAUAUAAUAUGUGGCCUGUGUUAAAGGAAUAGUUCACCCGAAAAUUUUAAUUUUCUCACUCUUUAAGUGGUUGUAAACCUCUAUGAAUUUCUUUUUUCUGUUGAACAAUAACGAAAGAUAUUUUGAGGAAAGAUGAAAAGCUGCAACCAUCAACUUUCAUAGUUGUAACCACUAAAUCUAGAGUCAAUGGUUAGCCUAUGGGUUUUGAGCAUUCUUCAAAAUAUCUUCUUUUGUGUUUAAUAGAAGAAAGAAUGGGUUGAAGCACGUUUUUGGUGAACUAUGCCUUUAUACUGUAAAUAACAAGUUAUUUUUAGCAGUUGCAUCAUCCGUGAUCAAUAUAUUAAGCUUUUGAGACCUAUUUUAAAGGUAUAGUUUAC